GUAAGUAAAAUGGCGGCUGUUUGGCUUCGCCUUGGUAACCCUGCCCCUGUCAGGCGGGGCGGGUGAGCCCCGUGCAGGGGGAGGGAGGGGAGAGCGGACGCCAUUUUCCCAGAGAGAGGCAGUGACAUAGAAGGGAGCGUAGGAGGCUGGAGGGAGGGAGGCACGGGAGCAGCGGCGGCAGCAGCGGGGUUUGUACACAGGUCCCAGGGCAAGGGCGCCUCUGAGCUGGUCCCUGUAGGGUUCUGCGCACUGAGCUAGGUUUGGGGGGAGGGGGGGUCUCCUCUUUCCCUUUUCUUUCUUUUACUAGAGCCUGCUGAGGGCUGAGUCCUGUCUAGGGUAGGGAUAUCCGCAGUGGGGCUGUUGCAUUGUUUUGGUUGGGAUAGAGAAGGGGCUCAGCUGAGGGGUCCUGCUGCCUGGCCUGUGACCAUUACAGGGUUUGUGGAUGCACUUAGAUGUUUGCAAUGAGCACUGUGGCUGGCAUGCCCCAGUGUUUUGGAUACCAAUGCAUAGGACUCCGUAGUAAUCGAAUUUAUCAGAAACGAACGUCAUGAGCAUAGUGAUCCCAUUGGGGGUUGACACAGCAGAUACUUCUUAUUUGGAAAUGGCUGCAGGCUCAGAACCAGAAUCUGUAGAAGCUAGCCCUGUGGUAGUUGAAAAAUCGAACAGUUAUCCGCACCAGUUGUAUACCAGCAGCUCGCAUUCACACAGUUACAUUGGUUUGCCCUAUGCAGACCAUAACUAUGGUGCUCGGCCUCCUCCAACGCCUCCAGCUUCUCCUCCUCCAUCAGUGCUUAUAAGCAAGAAUGAAGUAGGCAUAUUUACCACUCCCAACUUUGAUGAAACCUCCAGUGCUACUACCAUCAGUACGUCAGAGGAUGGAAGCUAUGGAACUGAUAUUACCAGAUGCAUUUGUGGCUUUACACAUGAUGAUGGAUAUAUGAUCUGUUGUGACAAAUGCAGUGUCUGGCAGCACAUUGACUGUAUGGGGAUUGACAGACAGCAUAUUCCUGACAUAUAUCUGUGUGAACGUUGUCAGCCCAGGAGUUUAGAUAAAGAAAGGGCAGUGUUGUUGCAACGAAGGAAAAGGGAAAAUAUGUCAGAUGGGGAUACCAGCGCAACAGAGAGUGGUGAUGAGGUUCCUGUGGAACUGUACACUGCUUUUCAACACACACCAACGACAAUUACUUUAACUGCUACAAGAGUUACAAAAGUCAAUGAUAAGAAGAGGAAAAAAAGUGGGGAGAAAGAACAGACCAUAGCAAAAUGUAAAAAAGCAUUUCGAGAAGGAUCCAGGAAAUCUUCACGAGUAAAGGGUUCAGCUCCAGAGAUUGAUCCUACUGACACUUCAAACUUCGGGUGGGAAAAUAAAAUCAAGGCAUGGAUGGAUCGUUAUGAAGAAGCAAAUAAUAACCAGUACAGUGAAGGUGUCCAGAGGGAGGCACAAAAAAUAGCUCUGAGAUUAGGCAAUGGAAAUGACAAAAAAGAAGUCAGCACCAGCAAUUUGAUUUUCAAACCUCCAGUAGAGAGUUACGUGCAAAAAAACAAGAAAAUUUUAAAAGCUGCCAAAGACCUGCCUCCCGAUGCACUUAUUAUUGAAUACAGAGGAAAGUUCAUGCUGAGAGAACAAUUUGAAGCUAAUGGAUAUUUCUUUAAAAGGCCCUACCCAUUUGUUUUAUUUUAUUCCAAAUUCCAUGGGCUAGAAAUGUGUGUUGAUGCAAGGACUUUUGGGAAUGAAGCUCGAUUUAUCAGGCGUUCAUGUACACCAAAUGCAGAGGUGAGGCACGUAAUUGAAGAUGGAACAAUUCAUCUUUAUAUUUACUCCAUCCAUAACAUUCCAAAGGGAGCAGAGAUUACCAUAGCGUUUGAUUUUGAUUAUGGAAAUUGUAAAUACAAAGUGGAUUGUGCUUGCCUCAAAGAAAAUCCUGAAUGUCCAGUUCUCAGACGUUCUGAGCCUACAGAAAACAUCAAUACUGGAUAUGAAACCAGAAGGAAAAAGGGAAAGAAGGAGAAAGAUGUUUCAAGAGAAAAGGAGACUCAAAAUCAGAACAUCACACUGGACUGUGAAGGAGCAGCCACCAAAAUGAAAAUCACAGAUAAUAAGCAGAGAAAGCUCUCUCCUCUCAGGCUGUCCAUUUCUAAUAAUCAGGAGCCAGAUUUUAUUGAUGAUAUAGAAGAAAAAACUCCCAUUAGCAAUGAAGUAGAAAUGGAAUCAGAGGAGCAGAUUGCAGAAAGGAAAAGGAAGAUGACAAGAGAAGAACGGAAAAUGGAAGCUAUCCUGCAAGCUUUUGCCAGACUAGAAAAACGAGAAAAAAGAAGAGAACAGGCUUUGGAAAGAAUCAGCACAGCAAAAACUGAGGUUAAAUCGGAAUGCAAGGAAGCACAGAUUCUCAAUGAUGCUGAAUUUAUUCAGGAACCUGCAAAAGAAGAAACUGCCACCAAGCCUACCCCAGCCAAAGUUAAUAGAGCUAAACAGAGAAAAAGCUUCUCACGGAGUAGGACUCACAUUGGACAGCAGCGCAGGCGGCACAGGACUGUCAGCAUGUGUUCAGAUAUCCAGCCAUCUUCUCCUGACGUGGAAGUAACUUCACAACAUAACGAAACUGAGAAUGCUGCACUGGUAGCUGAGCCUGAAGCCGAAACUGUUGUUACAGAAAUGGUUACUGAAACAGAAGCUCCAGCACUUAGUAAAUGCCCUACUAAGUAUCCUAAAACAAAGAAGCACUUGGUCAGUGAAUGGUUAAGUGAAAAGAGUGAUAAAGCAGGGAAACCUACAGACAGUCUACCAGAAAGGCCUCUACGAAUAACUACAGACCCUGAAGUUCUGGCUACUCAGCUGAAUUCUUUACCUGGUCUCACUUACAGUCCACAUGUUUAUUCAACUCCAAAGCACUAUAUUCGUUUUACUUCACCAUUCCUUUCAGAAAAAAGGAGGAAAAAAGAACCUGUGGAAAACAUUACUGGCUCUUGUAAGAAGCGUUGGUUGAAGCAGGCUCUGGAAGAAGAAAAUUCAACAAUGAUUGAUAGAUUUAAUUCACCAUCACAAGAGAGAUCUAGAAGUCCAGCCAUCAAUGGUGAACAUAAAAGUCCUCUAUUACUGAAUGACAGCUGUUCCUUAACAGAUCUAACCACACCACUGAAAAAGCGAAGACUGUAUCAGCUGUUGGAGUCUGCAUUCUCAGAAACCUCCACACCUACUCCUUCUCCCUAUGCCACACCAACCCAUGCUGACAUCACUGCCUCCGAGCCAUCCUUGUUUGCUACUCCUCCUAGGGUAAAAACAGAAGAUGAAGCUUGUAGAAAUGGUUACAAACCCAUAUAUUCACCAGUUACUCCUGUAACUCCAUGUAUACAUGGAAAUACCAUGCACUUUGAGAAUAUUUCCUCACCUGACAGUUCCCCAGAAAUAAAAAGGCGAGCUUACAGUCAAGAGGGUUAUGACAGAGCAUCGAUUCUAGCACUGAAUUCUUUCAGAAAUUCCAGCCUGACAGAAAUGGGCCUGCAAGAAAUAAAGACUAUUGGAUAUUCUAGUCCAAGGAAUAGGACUGAUGUCACACGGCAGUGCACUGGAGAAAUGGAAUCUGUGUCAGACCUCCAGCUGGGACUCGAAGUAAUUGAGCAAAGUGCACUGCAUAAAAACCUGGAAGCCCCCACACAUGAUAGGACUGAUGCAAACAGCCAACUAGAAACUGCUCAUUGUGGACGGGGCACAAUUUAUUCUUCCUGGGUAAAAAGUCCUGACAGGACAGGUGUAAAUUUCUCAAUGAAUUCUAAUUUGAGGGACUUGACCCCUUCACAUCAGUUGGAGGUAGGAGGUGGAUUCAGAAUAAGCGAGUCCAAGUGCCCAAUUCAGGAUGAUGGAAGAGGCAUGUUCAUGGAAGCAUCUGUUUUUUGUACUUCAGAAGAUGGAAUUGCACCUGGCUUUGGAAGGACUGUCAAUAACGACAAUUUGAUGGAUGGAAAUUGCACACCCCAGAAUCCUCCACAAAAGAAAAAGGUGUCCUUGUUAGAAUACCGUAAGAGACAACGAGAAGCUCGAAAAAGUGGCUCAAAGACAGACAACUUUCCCCUGGUUACUGUAUCUCCUCAUGCUGCUGGUGGAGGAAAUACAAGUAAUAACAAUGGUGCUAAUGAUGGGUAUAACAACAGUGGUGAAAAUGGGGAGCAAACUGAUAACACUGCAAGCCUGCCUUUACCACUGCCAGCUACUGUUUAUAAUGCAGCUCCAGAGGACAAUGGCAACAACUGUGCAAUUAAGGAAUCUUCCUCCAGUGAGAAGAAUGAACCAGAAGUUCAGUGGACUGCAUCAACCUCUGUGGAACAAGUAAGAGAACGAAGUUAUCAGAGAGCUUUACUUCUCAGUGAUCAUAGGAAAGACAAGGACAGUGGGGGAGAAUCAUCUUGUAGGCCAUGCUCACCGUCUCAUGUUCAGUCUCCAUCUCAUUCAAAUCUCAUUUCCCAGUUGCAGCUUAAGGUCCCUUCUUUGACUGAAUUUAUGGAAGAGCCUGAUUCUGAAAAUCCAGAGCCAACUUCUGAAUGUCCGUCCCCAGAUUCUUCACAAAGGACUUGCAAGAGUCCGUCAAAAGCAAGCAAGCCCUCUUCACCGAAUCCUGUAGUUUCAACGCAGUCACUUGGGAAAACACCCACAAAACCAGAUUCGCACUGGGAAACUGCAGCUAAUGCACCUGAGACCGAAUGUGCGAACCAUCCAAAACCUGAGCUGCAACAAAAACAGCUGACAAACAACGUCCAAGCACUUUCAAAGAAUCAUCCAUCUCAAUCACAUCUGCGCAGUUCUGCUGAGCAACUCUCCCAUUCACAGAAGUUGCCUUCCGCACCUUUGAAGCUGCAUUGCCCCCCUUCGCCUCAUGUAGAAAAUCCUCCCAAGUCUUCUACCCCUCACGCACCUGUGCAGCACGGUUACCUGUCACCAAAGCCUCACUCACAGCAAUUGGGAUCUCCAUACAGACCUCAUCAUCCACAGUCACCUCAAGUUGGAACACCCCAGAGGGAAACACACCGAACCUUCUAUCCGGCAGCACCGACCCUUCAGCCCAGUAAUCAGCCACAGGCGAGCGGGCCCCUGUUCACUCAGACAACAUCAGGACAAUCCUCAGCUUCUUACAGUCAGUUUAACCAACAAAAUUUGAACAGCAAUGCGCCACCUCCCCCACCCCCUCCACCCCCUUCUUCUACUUACUAUCAAAGCCAGCAGCCCUCUGGAAACUUUCAGAGCUACAGCCAGCUGAAGGGCAGCAUACCCCAACAGACUGUGUUUUCAUCUGGACCAAAUCAAGCACUUCCUGGCACUGCAGGUCAGCAAACAGUGCCGGGACACCACGUAGCUGCAGGGCAUUUUCUGCCGUCUCAGAACCCCAGUAUUCAUCACCAGGCAUCGGCAUCCGCCGCUCCGCCGCCGCCUCCACCACCGCCUGCGCCAGGGCCUCACCUUGUCCAGCAGCCAAGUACUCAUCAGCAGCACUCUGUAGCACAUGUUGUCGGUCCGGUCCAUGCCAUGGCAGUGGCUCCGGGAUCGCACAUUCAUUCUCAAGCUGCUGGUCACCAUUUGCCACCACCUCCUCCACCACCAGGUCCUCUCCCCCACCACCAACCUCCCCAUCCUUCAACGGGACACCAAGGUUUGCAAGCACAACACCAGCAUGUUGUAAACUCAGCACCUCCCCCCCCUCCACCCCCUCCCUCCAACGUUAUCGGUUCGGGCCACCACCCGGCGUCAGCACAAGGGUUACACCACCCCUCUCAUCAAGGACCCCCCCAUUUCCCUUCAAAUGCUCACACAAGCGUGUCCUCCUAUUCCUCGCAAGCCCCACAUCACACGACGUUAGGACCUGGACCUCAACAUCAGCCUGCUGGCACAGGACCUCAUUGCCCACUCCCUGGUCAGGGUCCUCACAUCCAACCUCAAGGACCAAACAGUAUUGCAACACCUACUGCUUCCGGGUUCUGCCCUCACCCCGGCUCCGUGACCCUUCCCCACGGAGUGCAAGGGCAGCAGCAGGCCUCGCCGGUGCCGGGACAGAUCCCCAUCCACAGAGCACAGGUGCCGCCCACUUUUCAGAACAAUUACCAUGGGUCAGGGUGGCAUUAAAACAGAUCCCUUUAGUUAUAAACAUUUUUAAAAUGUUCUGUAAUAUAAACUGUGUAUAUUUAAUAUGUACCUAUUCAAGGUACUUUUUAAAGCUUGUACAUGAUACUUUGUAUAAAAGCAAACACCAGUGCUCUUCCAUUGUAUCCUUUCCAUUUUUUGCUUUUUAAAAUUCCUGAAAAUGUGCUGUUAAGCCAGUAUUAGGUAUUUCUUUUUAUUUUGUAAGUGGACAUUCCAGCUGUUUUUUCUGGCAGUAGGUUUGAUGCUGCAUAAUGUUUAAAAUUUUAUUGUUGCAGUUAAAUUCAUUUAGUGAAAGUUUUCUAUAUUACUUUUAUACAUAUGUAAUUAAAUAAGUACACAGGCUAAGUGAUGGCACUAACAGGUUUUUUUUUCAUUUUCUUCUGUCAACAGUUUUUUGUGUGCAUAGAGAUAGGAAACAAUGCAAUACAGAUUUUUAUAGUUUUGGUGUGGACAUGGCUUUUUGUUUCAUCAGUUAUUUGCAGAAAUUGUAAUUUAAUGUAUAGACUGUUUCUAAUGUCUGACGAGUGCUGUAAAUACUGUAUUUCUUUCGCUUGUAAAGUUGCUUAAAGCUUCUUUCAUUUGAUAUAGUAUUGUAUAUAAUAAGUCUUUUGCAAAAAAAAAGUGUGAUCUUUGUGAAAGUAGUACAGUAUAUGAUCUUUAAUUUUUUUUUUAAUAUACUGUCACAUUGCAGCA